GAGGGAUAUAAUGACCGACAAAGAGGCAGUGACAGACAACAUCAUUACAGAUGCAAUGGCCACUCCAUCGCCAGCCAAGAGCAUGGGCGAUCCGGGCAUCACGCCCCUGUCCCCUACACACACAAUGAAGGAGUCGGAGCAGAGUCAGCCUACGGGGCCCUCGUUUGUUGUGGUCGUGGCCAUUGACUUUGGCACCACAUCCAGUGGCUAUGCUUACGCCUUCACUAAAGAACCGGAAUGCAUCCAUACCAUGAGGCGCUGGGAGGGUGGAGAUCCAGGUGUGUCCAAUCAGAAAACACCCACCACCAUCCUCCUGACCCCAGACAGGAAGUUCCACAGUUUUGGUUAUGCAGCUCGUGACUUCUACCAUGACUUGGACCCCACUGAAUCUAAACAAUGGCUCUAUCUAGAAAAGUUUAAAAUGAAACUGCACACUACCGCAAAUCUCUCCAUCGAUACAGAGCUUCAAGCAGCCAAUGGGAAAAAAGUGAAAGCUCUGGACAUAUUUGCUUAUGCACUGGCUUUCUUUAAGGAGCAAGCUCUUAAGGAGCUGAGUGAUCAGGCUGGUGCUGAGUUUGACAAUGCAGACGUGAGAUGGGUCAUCACAGUACCGGCAAUCUGGAAAAUGCCUGCCAAACAGUUUAUGAGGGAGGCAGCAUACAAGUCUGGUCUAGUUUCCCGUGACAACCCCGAGCAGCUGAUCAUUGCCCUGGAGCCUGAGGCUGCCUCUAUCUACUGCCGCAAGCUCCGCCUCCACCAGAUGAUUGACUUGGGAACAAAGACUGCUGUGAAUGGCUACAAUGCAACAGAGAAUGUCGGAACUGGAAUGGCCCAGGCCAAGGAGCAUGUUCGACGCAACCGACAGAGUCGCACCUUUUUGGUGGAAAAUGUCAUAGGGGAGCUUUGGUCCGAGCUGACAGAAGGCGACCGUUAUGUGGUGGUUGACUGUGGCGGUGGAACAGUCGACCUCACAGUUCAUCAGAUUCGUCUCCCAGAAGGUCAUCUAAAGGAGCUCUAUAAGGCCUCAGGCGGCCCAUAUGGCUCCAUCGGCAUCGACUAUGAAUUUGAGAAGCUCCUGUGUAAGAUUUUCGGCCAGGACUUCAUCGACCAGUUCAAGAUCAAGCGACCAGCUGCCUGGGUUGACCUAAUGAUUGCCUUUGAGUCUCGAAAGAGGGCAGCUGCUCCAGACAGGAGCAACCCCCUGAACAUCAACCUACCCUUCUCCUUCAUCGACUACUACAAGAAGUUUCGUGGCCACAGUGUGGAACAUGCCCUACGCAAAAGCAAUGUGGACUUUGUGAAGUGGUCAUCCCAAGGCAUGCUGAGGAUGAAUCCAGAUGCCAUGAAUGCUUUGUUUAAGCCCACUAUCGAUCACAUUAUCCAGCACCUCAGUGAGCUGUUUGAGAGGCCUGAGGUAACGGAUAUCAAGUUCCUUUUCCUGGUGGGUGGUUUCGCUGAGUCGCCUUUGUUGCAACAGGCCGUGCAGAACAUGCUACAAGGCCGCAGCCGUAUCAUCAUUCCUCACGACGUGGGCCUGACUAUCCUGAAGGGUGCCGUGCUCUUUGGCCUGGACCCAGGCGUGAUCAAGGUGCGUCGCUCGCCUCUCACCUAUGGUGUGGGCGUACUUAACCGCUUUGUGGAGGGCAAGCACCCGCCAGAGAAGAUGCUUGUGAAGGAUGGCACGCGCUGGUGCACCGACGUCUUUGACACCUUCAUCUCGGCCGACCAGUCAGUAGCGCUGGGUGAAACGGUGAAGCGUAGCUACACGCCAGCAAAGCCCUCGCAGCAGGUCAUCGUAAUUCAUGUCUACUGCUCCGAGAAGGAGUCGGUCUCCUUUAUCUCCGACCCAGGCGUGAGGAAGUGCGGUUCGUUGCGGCUGGAUGUGAGCGGUACGGAGAGCCCGGCGGCGCGGCGUGAGAUCCAGACGCUCAUGCAGUUUGGUGACACGGAGAUUCGUGCCAUGGCCAUCGACGUGGCAACCUCACGCAGUGUGAAGGCUAGCAUCGACUUCCUCAGCCAGUAAAAAGGGAACCAGAGUGAAAGAAGAGGAGAGUUCUGGGUUAGUGGGGGGGGGGGUCACAGCACACAAUGAUGCCCCGCUUGAAUGUUGUACCAGUCAUUCACUUUCUUGAUCAUUUCUUUUUGU